AUACUUGGCUUUGCAUCCUACUAUGGUGACCACAUGGUGUUGCAGAAGGAGCCGGCGGGGGCUGUGGUGUGGGGCUACGGGGAGCCAGGGGCCACAGUGACCGUGGCUCUCUCCGGGGACAGUGGCCUCAUCGUCAUGAAGAAGACGGUGCGAGUUAAAGGACCUUCUGGGACAUGGACAACUGUCCUGGACCCUAUGGAUCAAGGUGGUCCCUCCACGCUGAUGGCUGGGCAGGGCUCGGAGAAUGUGACGCUGCGGGACAUCUACUUUGGGGAUGUGUGGCUUUGCAGCGGGCAGAGCAACAUGGCAAUGACGGUCUUACAGAUUGCCAACGCCAGCCAGGAGCUCACUGACGCCGCUCGCUACCCCUAUGUCCGCGUCUUUGCCGCAGCGCCUGCCCGCUCCGACGUGGAGCUGGAGGACCUGGAGCGGAUCGACUUGCCAUGGUCCAUCCCGACAGCCGAAAACCUGGGCCAUGGGAAUUUCACUUACUUCUCGGCCGUCUGCUGGCUGCUGGGGCGCUACCUCUACGAGGCUCUGCGGUACCCCAUCGGGCUGGUGGAGGCGGCCUGGGGGGGCACCCCCAUCGAGGCCUGGUCCUCCCACAGGGUUCUGCAGGCAUGCGGGCUGCCAGAGGACGCAGGGAGCAUCUCCCCCUGGCAGCAUCUCUCCGGCCCACAAACGCCCUCCGUGCUCUGGAAUGCCAUGAUCCACCCGCUGCUCAACAUGACGCUGCGAGGUGUCGCUUGGUACCAGGGCGAGGCCAACGCCUUCCUGCAUACGGACCAGUACAACUGCACCUUCCCUGCACUCAUCGGCGACUGGCGCCAGGCUUUCCACGCUGGAUCAGCUGGGCAGACGGAGCCGCUCCUCCCAUUCGGCUUCGUUCAGGUGAGCACAGGGACGAGAGGCAGGACCCCCACCCUCCCUGCAGGGACGGCAUCACGAUGCUCAGGGAGGCUUUACCCAUCCUUUCGCACUCCCGGGUGGGAGGGUGAGGGCACAGUGAUGGAGCUAUGGGAUACCAAACCCACCUCCCUCCUCUUCCUCGGCAGCAUCCAUCCCCGGGACAAGCAGACUGUGGCUCACCGGCUGCAGCUGGGUGCCAGGGCUGUGGCGUAUGGGGAGAAAGACCUGGUUUUCCAGGGGCCAUAUCCCACCCACGCCAUCCUGGAGGUGACCAGGGGUCUGCUGAAUGUCACCUACAGCCAGGAGCUCAUCUGCCGUCAGAGGGACAGGCGGGCGUUCGAGGUGAGGAGGGGUGAAAAGCUUCCCCCUGGGGCUGGAAGAGGGAAGCCCACCUUGAUGGAGGUUUCUCCUCCACCCAGGGGAAACCCCGGGGCCCUCCGAAACAGCCUUAGGGAGGGAGCUGCUUCUCCUCCCUGGCUGGCCCUGGCUGGCUGCGGGACGCUGGCGCUGGGCUUGCGCUACGCCUGGGCCGAGUGGCCCUGCGAGUACCAGUCCUGUGUCCUCUACAACACCCAGGGUCUGCCUGCACCCCCCUUCCUCCUGGAGGCCUUGCCUGCAGGGGAAACCCCGGGGCCCUCCGAAACAGCCUUAGGGAGGGAGCUGCUUCUCCUCCCUGGCUCCCGGUUCUCACGGGGGAUUUAG